CAAAAAAAAAAAAGCAUUCCUCCUGAGGUCGAGUUCAGGUGCCAACAUCUUCAGUCAGGGUCCCGGCGGCGACAGCCUCGCCGGCCAUCCCAACCCUCGCGGGCGGGGCGGGAUGGUGGACGAGCUUGGCGAGGCCCGGCGGAGCGCUGCUGCCGCUCGUGAGGACGGCCGUGCCCUCGCCGGACGCCGGCCGGCUGGCCCCCGGCUCAGCCCAGAUCCGGCCGGGGAGGGGCAGCGGCCUCGUCGCAGCGCAGCGCAGGCUGGGACGCAUCUUGCAAGGCGUGGAUUGGCAAACGUGAUUCGCGGCGAGGAUGCGGCGGCCGCAAAAUCAACCGCUGCCUCUGGCGGUGUGCUUAGAAACCUACAGAGGAGAUACACGUCAGAUUAUUUUGAACAGAGGGCACGGGCCCGCUUUGAAGCCGAUUCUCUUCUUAAUAAAGAGAUUAAUGACCAAGAAGCUAUACGAGAGUUUGAAACGCAGAAUCCCUUGCACUCCUCAGCUCUCUCCAAGUACAUAAACUCCCGCAUCAGUGCCGAGUUCAAAACUCGAGAAAUUGCUAAGUCAGAACCGGCACGCAGUUUCUUUGGCAACUUGUUUUCUCCAGGAGGAACUGCUAAGUCAGAACCGGCGCGCAAUUUUUUUGGCAACUUGUUUUCUCUAGGAGGAACUGCUAAGUCAGAACCAGCGCGCAAUUUUUUUGGCAACUUGUUUUCUCCAGGAGAAACUGCUAAGUCAGAAUCGGUCCACCCGUCCAAACCAUUGGACAUAGCUUUUUGGACUGUGAUGGGAACCACUGCAGCCUAUCUUGGCCUUGUGCUCUAUGCUAUGCUUAACAGAUCGGAUGAGCUAGGCACGGAUGAAGAAUAUCGUAAUUUUUCUAUCAAAGUGUUGGAUGAUUCGAACAAGGGGGUCACUGGAAAAGGCCGUACCUUGGAUGAAGUGAACAAAGUGUUGGAUGAUUCGAAAAAGGGGGUCACUGGAAAAAGACGUACCUUGGAUGAAGUGAACAAAGUGUUGGAUGAUAUGAUCAAAGCCAUGGAUGAUUUGAAGAAGAAGGCCACAAAUUCAAGCACGAAGCCCAGUGAUGUCAGUGGAAAAGGCGGUAACUUUGAUGAUGUGAACAAAGGGACCACAGAUUCAAGCAGGAAGUCCAGUUACGUUGACGCCAAAAAAGGUAGCAUGUCGAUGAAAUCAACCACGGGAUUCCGUGGUGUCAAGGGAGUUGACGAAGCAAAAGCUGAGCUCGAGGACUUAGUUCACUACCUAAGGAAUCCCAAGCAUUUCACGAGCCUUGGUGGCAAGCUUCCAAAGGGUGUUCUGCUUGCUGGCCCACCGGGCACAGGGAAAACCAUGUUGGCGAGAGCUGUAGCCGAGGAAGCUGGCGUCCCAUUCUUUGCACGCAGCGGCAGCGAGUUCGAGGAGAUGUGGGUGGGUGUUGGGCCUAAAAGAGUGAGGGAGCUCUUCAGUGAAGCAAAGAAGCAAUCCCCUUGCAUCAUAUUCAUCGAUGAGAUUGACACCAUCGCUGGGCAAAGGCAAGUAAAUGACAGAAAUGGGGCGAGGGAAGCUCUGAACCAGCUGCUCGUUGAGAUGGAUGGCUUCAAGCAGAAUGACGGCAUCAUUGUUCUCGCAGCGACCAACUUCCCACAGUCGCUAGAUAAAGCCGUUAUUAGACCCGGGCGUUUUGACCGUCAUGUUCAGGUUCCUAAUCCAGAUGUUGAGGGCCGGCGGCAGAUCCUAGAGGCUUGUAUGUCAAAGGUCAAAGCCAAGGGUGUGGAUCUGAUGAUGAUUGCGAGGGGGACACCGGGGUUCUCAGGUGCAGCCCUUACAAACUUGGUGAACGAGGCUGCUCUUAAGGCUGCCAAGGAUGGGUCGGAAGCUGUUAUGAUGGAUCACAUUGAAUACGCCAAGGACAAGAUCAUGAUGGGCAGCGAGCGCAAAUCGGCAGUGAUACCUGAUAACUGCAGGAACAUGACCGCGUACCACACGGGAGGGAGGGCCCUUGUUGCUAUCCACACGGAUGGCGCUCACCUUAUCUACAAGGCUACCAUUAUCCCGAGGGGAAACUCUCUUGGCAUGGUGAUCCAGAUGCCUGAGGAAGAAGAUGCCUAUAAAUUCUCAAGGAAGAAGAUGCUGGCGAAAUUGGACAUCCUCAUGGGCGGCAAGGUGGCCGAGGAGGUUAUAUUUGGAGAGAGCAAGGUGAGCUCUGACGCCCUGUCUGGUCUAAGAGAGGCGACUCAGCUGGCGACAGACAUGGUCACCAAGUAUGGAAUGAGCCAGCGGAUCGGCCCUGUUUGCUACGGCAACAAUGAUGGGAAGCAGACGGCGACCUUGAGUUGGCAAGCGACAGCCCUGGUCAAUGAGGAGGUGAAAGAAUUACUGGUCAAGGCUCGCAAGAACGCAGAAAAUAUUAUCACGGCGCACCGCAACGAGCUUAAUGUGCUAGCCGACGCCCUUCUCGAGCAUGGAACUCUCACCGGAGACCAGAUCAAGCAGUUGGUAAAUGGUCCUAAAAUUAGUAAUGCGCAGAAUCAGGAAACACCAUCUUCAUCCUAACCCUAGCAGUGGAGAUGUACAAUGGUUUGGUUGGUCUAUGAUUUUUAUUUUCUUUACUUGCAUGCACACAAAUGUAAAGAUGCACACCGUCUGAAUUUCUCUGGUUUUUGUUUCUCUCUUAUGAAGGGAAUACAGCGUGUGUUUUGGAA